AUGGUUUCUCCUACCGUCACGCUGAAUAGCGGCUUCGAAAUGCCCCUCGUGGGCUUCGGUCUGUGGAAGGUCAACAACGACACCUGCGCCGACCAGGUCUACAGCGCCAUCAAGGCCGGCUACCGCCUGUUUGACGGCGCCUGUGACUACGGCAAUGAGGUCGAGGUCGGCCAGGGCGUCGCCCGCGCCAUCAAGGAGGGGAUUGUCAAGCGCGAGGAUCUCUUCCUCGUUUCCAAGCUGUGGAACAGCUUCCACGACGGCGAGCAGGUCGAGCCCAUCUGCCGCAAGCAGCUGGCUGAUCUGGGCAUCGACUACUUCGACCUGUACAUCGUGCACUUCCCCGUCUCCCUGGAGUACGUCGACCCCAAGGUGCGCUACCCGCCUAGCUGGCAAAACGCAGAGGGCGUGGUGAAGCUGGGCAAGGCCACGAUCCAAGAGACCUGGACCGCCAUGGAGUCGCUGGUCGACCAGAAGCUGGCCCGCAGCAUUGGUGUCAGCAACUUCAGCCCACAGCUGCUGAUGGAUCUGCUGCGCUAUGCCCGCGUCCGCCCCGCCACCCUGCAGAUCGAGCACCACCCCUACCUCACUCAGAAGUCGCUGGUCAACUACGCUCAGAAGGAGGGUAUUGCUGUGACCGCGUACUCGUCGUUCGGCCCGCUCAGCUUCGUCGAGCUGGAACUCAAGAAUGCGCAGGACACCCCCAAGCUGUUUGACCACGCUACCAUCACGUCCCUGGCCACGAAGUAUAACCGCACACCCGCGCAGGUACUGCUGCGCUGGGCGACUCAGCGCAACAUUGCGGUGAUCCCCAAGAGCAACGACCCCACUCGGCUGGCGCAGAACCUGCAGGUCACCGACUUCGACCUGGCGGCCAGCGAGCUUGAGUCUAUUAGCGCCCUGAACCAGGGUCUGCGUUUCAACGACCCUCUCAACUACGGACUGGACAUUACCAUCUUCUAA